AAUAAGGUUUCAGAGAGACAGACUAAUAAAGCUAACACCCCGCCAGUUAUGAUGAGAGGCUCAGUACAGGAAUGGCCUUGACUUGCUGCACGCAAGUGUUGCGUGAGUGUACUACACCCACGCGGCAGACACACUCCAUGUGUACUGUAUGUUCUUAAUAUUUAACAUUUUUGUUGUGCAUAAUUCUCUAAAAUUGUGGUCAUGCUGCUAUCACGCCAGUGGCUGGUGGUGGUCGCCGCGGCGGCCCUGCUGGGGGCGCGCCGCUCCCUUCAGGCACAGGACAACAUGCGGCGCGAGGACCACUUGCGCUGGCCUGGCGGCGAGGUCACCUUCCACCUGGGGAGGAACCUGACCGGUGUUGUGCUGGCCAACAUCCGGGAGGUGAUGGCGGGCCUGGAGUCUGUCACCUGCCUCAGGUUCACGCCGCUCGGGACGCGCCGCGGCGCUAGGUACGCCACCAAGGUGCUGUACAUCAGGCGGGGACACAGCUGCUACUACGAGAAGGUGGGCCGCAGGGCUUCUGGCUCCGUCCUGCUCAAGCUGGGCGACAGGUGCGCGCAGCGGCCGACCGCCGUGUUGCACAUGUUCCUGCACGUGGUGGGCGUGCGCCACGAGCACCAGCGCUACGACAGGAACUAUUACGUGACGGUGGACCACCACAACAUCCUCCCCUCCCACGCCCGCGAGUACAUCAGGCGCAGCUGGGGCGUGAGCUACGUGGCCAGCGCGGGACUGCCCUACGACUAUGCCUCCAUCAUGCACCACGCGGCCAGCGGGCACCCCCGCGAUCCCCGCAGACCCGUCAUGUUGCCGCUAGUGCCCUGCGCGCAGCUCAUCAUGGGCCAGCGCGACGUGCUCAGUCCCGCCGACGUGGCCAGGCUCAACCGCCUCUAUGGCUGCGAGCGUCACUACCUGGGCGACGACAUCAUCGGCGCCGUGCCCUACGCCACGUGGCGGCGCCGCGCCUCGCGGCUGCGGCGGCUCGAGGACCAUCGUCGCUGGUGAGCCAGUGGGGCGCUCCUGUGGUACCUGAAGAGGUCGAGGCGCGGGGCGACGAGGUGUUGAUGCCUGGAAACCUGGAGGCCUGGGCAGAUCCCAGGAAAAUGUUUACUUUUGAUCUCUCGCUGCUCGUGUUCAUUCCAGUGAUUUCUCCUUAU